CAUUAAUUACCACGUGACCAAACACCGCGGUUGCUUGUAACUUAGCAUUGAAAAAUGAUUUAGCGUGAAAAGUUUUCACCCAAGCGCGACUUUUACGACGCAAGUCAUGACUCAGGCAGAAAAGGAACAGGAGAAUGGGCGGGAGAAAGAAAAGGAGCGAGAGAAAGAGAAAGAAAAGGAGCAGCAGCGCGGAGUAAAGAGACCCAUCGCCCCUCCAGUCAUCCCGGAGCCGCCACAGGAGCAAAUACAGAGCAAUUUUAUCAUUGUCAUCCAUCCUGGCUCGAGAACUCUUCGCAUUGGCCGAGCCACCGACAACGUUCCAGUCACAGUCCCACAUGUUAUUGCUCGCAGGCACAAGCAAAGUGGACAACCCACAUAUGAGGAUGCCUGGCUGUCAAGAGAUGGUCUUAAUAAACCAGAGAGUAACGAGCAAAGACAGAAUGGUCUUAAAAUGGUGGACCAGGCAAUUUGGUCCAAAAAGAUGUCAAAUGGAAUCAGGAGGACACCAGUGUCUGCAGAGCAGGCUCGAUCAUACAACUGCCAGAUCCGUCCUGCAGUGCUUGACAGCAGCUCCAGAAUCAAAUGGACCAACACAACUCACCACCCACCUCAUUUGGUGGGUGAAGAGGCGCUGUAUGUGAAUCCAUCUGACAGUUACAACAUCCACUGGCCUGUAGUCAGAGGUCAGCUCAACGUUCACUCUGGUCCAGGAGGUUCAUUAACAGCUGUCCUGGCUGACCUCGAGACAAUCUGGUGUCAUGUCAUCCAGAAGAAUUUGGAGAUUCCUCUCAAAGACUUAAAGUAUUACAGAUGCAUACUUUUGGUUCCGGACAUCUACAACCGACAGCAUGUCAAGGAAAUGGUCAACAUGUUGCUGCUGAAUGUGGGAUUCUCAGCAAUUAUUGUGCACCAAGAGUCUGUGUGCGCUACGUUUGGCAGUGGCUUGAGCAGCGCCUGUGUUGUGGAUGUGGGAGACCAAAAAACCAGUCUGUGUUGUGUUGAGGAUGGGGUUUCCCACAGGAACUCAAGAUUGUCUUUGGCUUAUGGAGGCUCAGAUGUGACUCGGAUUUUCUUCUGGCUGCUCCAGAAAGCUGGAUUCCCCUACAGAGAGUGUCAGCUGGCCAACAGAUUAGACUGUCAGCUACUGCAACAUAUCAAAGAGACACUUUGCCACCUGAACCAAGACAUAUCUGGACUACAAGACCAUGAAUUUCAGACAAGGUUCCCAGAAGCCCCAGCCCUUCUUUAUCAGAUUCGACUUGGAGAUGAGAAGUUACAGGCGCCCAUGGCUCUUUUCUACCCGACUACUUUUGGCAUUGUUGGUCAGAAAAUGACGACCUUGCAGUACCGGUCUCAAGGUGACUCGGAAGAUCCACAUGAUGAACACUACCUGCUGGCCACGCAGAGCAAACAAGAUCAGUCCUCCAAAUCCUCUUCUGAACGCAAGUCUCUUCUGAGACCCGGAGGAGCUUUCGAUAGCGACAUAACUGGUCAGGGAGGCAUUGGGGAGCCGUCGGACCUGCCAAGAGGGAGCGGUGGUCUGGGAGGAGCACAGGGGGAGGUGGAGCUGGGAGCUGUACAAGGAGAGAUGGGGGUAGUAGGAGAGGUUGAGGAGCCUCUGUCCGCUCAUCUCUCCCGGAAAACCGCCAUCAUGAGCCAGUUUGAGAGCAAAGCGCUGGGCCUGGAUAAAGCCGUCCUGCACAGCAUCGACUGUUGUGCUUCAGAUGAGACCAAACGGAAGAUGUACAGCUCCAUCCUAGUGGUGGGAGGAGGACUCAUGUUUCCUGGAGCUCAGGAGUUCCUCUUGCACCGCAUCAUCAACAAGAUGCCUCCAUCCUUCCGGCGGCUGGUGGACAAUGUGGAGGUCAUCACCAGGCCAAAGGACAUGGACCCACGGCUGAUUUCAUGGAAAGGCGGAGCUGUUCUUGCCUGUUUGGACACAACUCAAGAAAUGUGGAUUCACCUGAGAGAGUGGCAGCGCUUUGGUGUGCGCAUGCUGCGGGAAAGGGCAGCGUUCGUCUGGUGAAGGCUGCCACUGUCACAUAACAAGAUAACAGCUGGAGAAACUUACUUCACAGCUAAGUGUGUCGCUCAAGAAAAAAAUGUCUGGAAAUGGCUUCAGCUUGUCAACAGAUUUUUGUAAAUAUGAAUGUCCGUGCAAGAGUUCAUGAACACUUGUAAUUAAAUUUCACUCUGGAUUUUAAGUGGAUUUCAGUUGUAAUAGCAGAAACACAGAUGAAAUCGUCGGGUCCACAUUUAACAGCAUAAACUUUUAUUUAAGAUAUUAAGAUAGGGAAACAGCAGAAUAGAAACUAAUGUUUUAAUGAACUGUAUAAACAUCUGAAGAAUGCGAUAUGUUGUGGAGGUGGGCUGCCUUUUCGGAUUCUCUGGCCCCUACGUGUAGGAAUUCCCAGAGAAGCUUCACAAAACUGCGUAUUGCAGUGGCAGCUUGUCAGGAGGGGGGGCUUCAACACUGUCUUCCUGCCUCAGGUUCUCUGUGGCCUGGUACAGUGCCCGUCCCCCACGCCUACACUAUUGUGCAGGCGUUUACCUGAAAGAAAAAUGAAAAUGCUUUGUCACAAUAACAGGAACUAAUCUCAAUUGCUUGUGAAAACCUGGACACUUCAAUGGCAACUUGAUAUGAAUCAGAUAAAAUGACCUCCUUACCUUCCUCAUCCUCCUCCACCCAUUGGGGGAGCACUUGGGCCUCCUCCGUGGUUUAUUCUGCCAAUCCUUCUCCGACCACCAGGUGGACCUGGGGGACUGCAAAUACAGACUUUCUCUUAUCUUAUACGGUUGCUAGUUCUUGGUGACACUUAUAAAGAGACAAGCUGAUCCAUGUCUUGCUGAAUCUUCAUCAACACAUGGUUGUGUUUAGGGAAUAUGAGUGAGACUUACCCUCUGCCAUCUGAGAAACGCGUGGAACUACUGCGUCCAUCCUUUGUCAGAUCAGGGUCGAUAAUCGAUUUAAAGCUGCAAAACAACCAUGGUAUUAGACAGACACCAUACAUUAUCCUGGCGACCAGUGUUGGUGUUGAUCUAUAUAUUUUUCUUAGAAAAACCCACUGCAAAUUUAUCAAUAUUAUGCCAUUAAGAUGCACUGUUUUACUACGAUGAUGACGAGAAUAGCAAUAUUGAUAAAUGACUUACAACAAGCCAAAGAACUCCACUGCUCCCCAAAAGAGAUCCACCAGCAGGGACAGUCUCCAUGGUGACUGUGCCCUGCUGUCUAGAACCUGACCUGGAAACCGACAAAAGAAUGUGAGUUAACGACUACAUUUAAAGAUUGAUAUAACUCAAAAAAUGCACAUAAGCGAUGGUUAAACUCCGUGACUACAAAACAGAAAAUCGAUCUCUAAAAGGCCAGAGGACGGUUGUUGCUUAUCAAACAGAACGAGUCAGGAGGCCAACAUGCUAGCUGGCUACAUGUAGCAAACAUAAUUCUACAUCUAUGAGCUGCCGAUUUUGUCUCAAAUUGUACACAAAUAUUGACGGUCACUUUAUUCACUUAUGUUAGGCCACAAGUUAAACACAAACACUUACCAUUUGACACGUAAACCAUCUUUAUAAAAAUACAACAGCCGCCUCCGCAGCCGUGUUGUUGUCAGAUGACGUUGCACUACCGGAUUUGUCCUCGCCUCGAUCUUAAACGCGCAUGCUCGAACGUUCAAGCGCGUUGACUUUAUGAUCCACUAGAGGGCAGCGGAGACAACAGUUUACGACGAGCUUUGCAGUACUGUGAUGGCUCUACGUCAGCAUUAAAAUAAAAAAAAAAACACAAAACAAAAGAAAACGUAACAGUGUUAUCAUUGAUUGAAACCUCUGAACGAGACGCCUCAAGGCUAACCAAAGGCACUCUAACCAAACAAGGAUUUCUCUCUGAUGGUGGCUCUUCUUUGAUGGAUCGUCUGACCACACAUAUGACUCUUCAGUGCUUGUGUUGCAGCCCUUGACCUAAAUCGCAUGUCAAAGGUCACUAGUUCAGACAAAACAGAGCUGUACAUCUGAGGUGAACACAGGUAGGGCGGGGUCAAAGGUCACACACACACUGAGAUUUCUGCCACAUAUUCAAAUAGUUCUGAAUUCUAAAUAGUGCUGCCUUAAACCUUUACCCUUUGACCCGUCUCUCAAAUAUUAUCUGAUCACAUCUAUAAAGAUAAAUCUGAAUUCGCCACUUCUUUGCUGUCAUUAUGAGGUAUUUAGGACCUCAAAAGGACAAACCAGAUGAAACCUUUGAAGUGGCGCUAGGCGUGUUUAUUUUAUUCCUGAAACAUGCACACAUUUACAACUCUUUUAUCUCCACGUAUACGCAUUCUCCUUUCUGGAAAUUAUUACAGAAAAUUGGUCUUACAUGUGGAUUUGAAGAACAGAGGAGACGAGAAGGAGACUUCUGUGUCAGCUCUCUUUAUUUAUGUGCAUUACAUGUGAUGUGUACAGAUUUGUGGCUGGCGGGUUCGUGUUGAGUUGGAGAAAAAAAAAGUUCAUUUCCUGCACAUGUGUAGAUGUGUACAUUGUUUCAUAUGGAUGUCUGGAACUAACCGAUGUUUGUGGAAUCCGCUUAUGUUUAUUUUUCUUUCAAACUCAACAAACAAGAUGGAGGUUGGAUACUAAACAGAACCCAGUCACUGUAGUACCACAGAAAGACAACAAUCGUUUUACUACUGCAGCGUUUUACCGCUGCAACACCCCUGAAACGUCGACACACAUUAAUAAAUGUUUUAUUUAAAAUGUUAAAUAGCAGCCACUGAUGAUUUGUUCCGAAUUAUGUGCAUUUUUUGAAUCAUUUUAACAUGAUGAUUUCUUGAAUUAAUUACACUACUAAGUAUAAAAAAUAUAUAUAUUCAGAGGUUUGUUUUUUUACAUCAUUUGCCAUUGUCUGCAAAUGUGUGAAAAAUACAUCUAACUCAGAAAAACAGAAACAUCUGCUUUUAGUCCUCUUCAAUUCCCGGCAUCUGGCAUGUGCAAGCACACACGUUUGAAAGCUUGCUCACUGACAACUGGCAUACACACAUGCAAACACUCAUCCAUCAUCUACACACAAGUACACAGUAAAGUUUCCGUGCUAAACUGUGUUAUUACGGCAGAAUAGCAAAUGAGAGCAUUAGCGUGCAACAGUUUGACACUGAGAGCAGAAUCAUUAUGAACUAGUGAAAUAUAAAUUGGGAGCUUCCUAUUUGGACAUUAGCCCAUUGGAAUAAUUUAUUUCUUUUCAACAGGACACAAAUGUUUUUAUUGGUCAUUGUUAAUUGUUGCUAAUGUGUAAUUAAACCUUUUAUUUUUCUUAAAUUGCAUAUUAGAAGAAGGUUUAUUUUAGGAAUACCUGUGU